CUUGAGGCUGUGGCUAAAGUUAGACCGGCCUGCGGAGGGUAUAUAAGCCGCCGGGGAUGUGCGCAAUACGCGGCUUCACACUGUCUUCUCCUCCUCGAUCAGCCAAACCUCCACUCAUACCGUCUCAAGAUGGCACCAAAGAAGGCAAAGAGGAGGCAGGCAGCAGGAGAGUCCGGCUCCUCCAACGUGUUCUCCAUGUUUGAGCAGAGCCAGAUUCAGGAGUACAAAGAGGCUUUCACAAUCAUUGACCAGAACAGAGACGGCAUCAUCAGCAAAGAUGACCUGAGGGACGUCCUGGCUUCAAUGGGCCAGCUGAACACCAAGAACGAGGAGCUGGACGCCAUGAUCAAGGAGGCCAGCGGCCCGAUCAACUUCACCGUCUUCCUCACCAUGUUCGGAGAGAAACUGAAGGGUGCCGACCCCGAGGACGUUAUCGUCACCGCCUUCAAGGUGCUGGACCCCGAGGCUACCGGGAGCAUCAAGAGGGAAUUCCUCGAGGAGCUCCUGACCACCCAGUGCGACAGGUUCACUGCGGAGGAGAUCAAGAACAUGUGGGCCGCCUUCCCCCCAGAUGUUGCCGGCAACGUGGACUACAAGAACAUCUGUUACGUCAUCACACACGGAGAGGAGAAGGAGGAGGAGUAAAGAGAACGCUAGAAGACAAAACAAAAAAAAUGCAGCAAUCCCUUUGCUUUUUCUGCCUUCCCUUCCCUCUCCUUCGCUCCUCUUCCUCCUCUUCCUCCUCGCUCACCACCCGUGUGAACCAAUGUGCUCAAACCAAAGACUUGUCACACUGGUACACGAAUCCCACUGCGUGUCUGUGUUUGCUUGUGUGGAAAAGGGGUGAUUUGCAAUAAAAGGAUCCUGUGACAUCAUUUCCAUCCACAAGCUUUUCUCCCCAAAUAUUUUUUUUUUCCUCUUGCAACCAUCUCCUGUCUUCUCCCCUCUACGUCUCCGCCUGCCUCUGGGGUGUGUGAAUGAAAACUGCUUCCUAGAAGACAGGUUCACUACUGGGGGAGGAUGGGGGUCUGCACGCAGUAAGAGGACCUCAUUCCAAAUUUCUGAAGGCGUCCUUUGGUGUGUAGGAGGGGAGAGGAGGGAGAGCAGUUGCGGGCGAGAAAGUGAAAAGUUGCAUCCUUAAAGCGACGACAACUUUUCUUCAUCGAAAAGUGGAAGAAAAUAAGAAAGAAAAAAAAAAAAGCUAUCGGAGGAGGGGAGAGAAAAGGGCCGAAAGAAAACAUUCAAGUCUUCGACUUCUUUCCCUCCGCUCCUUCCUGCAACUAUUAAAUCACCUUUUUCUUUCCACGAGCGAGCCUUUCCUCUGUAAAAAAUAAAAGGGACAAACUGUGAAUAAAAUCUCUUUCCUUUUGUA